CUAGGUUGGCAACCCUGGCACUGAGACGUAAAAUUAACAGUUGAUUUUAAUUUUAUUUUAAAUAAUUAGAAAUAUUGAAAAUCAAUAAAUCUUGAUUUGCUAUUGUGUACAUUAAAGUUAUAAAUUAUAUAAAAUAAGUGUGGAAUAUCGCAAUAAUCUCAAGAAGAUAAUGGAAUACUAACUUAGUUGUACCGGCCCAACUGUCAUAUUACAAAAUUCAAAAAACAAAAACGAGGGAAGUAUUUUGUUCUUUUACUUACAACUGAACAAAUAGUUGUUAGCGUUGUAGUGCGUUGUUCGUUUCGUAGCUAUAUACAAUUUAUAACACUUUUACACUACUCACAGUUGUGAGUUACGUUCAUACUCACUACAUUGGCCCUGUUUGUCUCUCUCAACUUGACAAAAACGUGGAAGCUGAGCUGAAGACCACAACAUCAACUGCCGCGUACAAUAUUCACCAUCAUCCUUCUUACACUAUACAUACUAAUAAUAGCAAGGAAAAAUAUAGUAACUAAUCUAAUUGGCAAUUAACCAUAGUAAACCAUUGAGUUCUGCACUUUUGGAGUUAAUUUCUAGAUUCUGUAAACCUGUAUCCUCUUCUCACACACUAUUAUAACAAGAUUAUACAUAGCUUUAUAUUUUGACAGUAACUUAACUACUGCCUACAAGUUCCCAAGACUUCAAGCCUCACUAUGCAAACCCGGAAGGCUACCAUGAAAGAAAUGGAAAACAAGCUGAGCUGUGCUGCUAAGGAGCUAAAGAAGUCAAAGGAUCUUUGUCAAACACUUUUAAAUGAACGGGAAGAGUGUGAAUUGGAGAUCCAAAAAGUAUUUAAAACAAACUCUUCUCUUAAGUCCGAGCUGGCAGACAUGCACCAAAAAUGUUUAGAUUUAACCUUAGAAAGGGACAGCUUACAUAAAAUCAUUAAUUCAUUUGACAAAUGUAGCUCUGAAUAUGAAUGGACUUUAAGUCGAAUAAACAUACUUGAGUCUGAAUUGCUUCAAAAACAAAGCAUGGUAACUGUAGAUUUAACAAAUGAAAGCUCCACUAAUAAUAAGAAUUAUAUUACAACAAAUUCUCAUAAAAAGAUAAAGAAAUAUUUAAAAAUCAAAAGGUUUAUAGCAAAAAGUAGCAAACUACUUAAUAACCAAUUCCUAGGCCAAAAAUUUUGCAAAAUUAGGUCAAAAAAACCAAGAGUUGCUGAAAAAAUUACAAAAAUAUAAUAAAGAAUUAACAGUAUAAUAUUAAAUAAUAAAAUAUCUUCUCUAGAAACAAUGUUGCAAAACAUUACUCAAAAAUAUAAUUCAGCGCAGGAGCAAAUAUCAGAACAUAUAAAGCAGGCUGAUUGCUUAAUUAAAUUAGGCAAUAAAAACAUGGAAUGCUUUGAAUCCUUUAUAAACAAUAAUAAUAAUAAUAAUAUGUGCCACUGCUCCAGCACAACAACAUUCAUUAGAAAAUUAUCAAGACAAAAUAGGCAACAUUCACCAAAUAUAAAUGUUACUGCUAUAGAUAAUCAUAAUAUAAAGCUCAUAAAUAUUGUUCACCAGAAUAUACAAGGUUUCUCAAGUAAGGAAUUAGAAAUUGAACUGUUUUUGAGCUGCUGUAAUAUAGAUAUAUUAUGGAUUACAGAACAUUGGCGUAAGAGUCAUCAGCUCCAGUUUAGUUUUAGAGAACAUAAAGUAGUCAGUUCGUUUUGUAGAAGUAGGGCAAUACAUGGAGGUUCCCUAAUUAUUAUUAAUAAUAGAUUAAAAUGUAAAAAUAGAAGAGAUAUUGUUAAUCUCUCUAUAGAACAACUAAUUGAGGUAGCUUGUAUAGAACUGGAGCAAUUUAUUAUUGUAAGUGUAUACCGCCCCCCCACUGCAUCAUAUGAACAAUUCCAACAUAGAAUGGAGGAGGUACUAUCAAAAUUUAGCAAAACUAGCAAGUCAAUUAUAGUGUGUGGAGAUUUUAAUAUAAACUUGCUUGAACCUUCGGCCAAUUGUACUAGCCUUAAAAAUUUAUUUCAAAGUUUUAAUUUGUUCAAUGUAUUUUGGGAACCUACUAGAAUCACUUCUACAACAGCAACCUGUUUAGAUAAUAUUUUUACAGAUGUUACUGUUACUAGUAAACUCAUAAUUAAUAAUCUUCAGUCUGACCAUAGUGGGCAACUUAUAAAAGUAAAUACAAGAUUGGACAAUGUCAGACCAAAAAAGGUGAAGAUUAUACCAGUUACGGGUAGCCGUCUUGAGAGGUUUAGAAAUAAUUUGGUAAAUACAAUACCAUUUUUACACUGUGGCGAAACUGCUAAUUUUCACUACAACUUAGUCUUCAAUUCCUUCUGUGAGGAAUUUGACAGGAUUUUUACUCCAGUAACGGUGACAGUAAACAACAAGCAUAGUUUUAAUGAUUGGGCAACAAUGGGUAUCCACAAAAGUCGUAAACGCUUAUAUGACCUUUAUUAUGAGAAACAUUACAAUAAUAGUGAAGAAUUUAAAAUAUAUGUAAAAAAAUACUCCAAGCUCUUUAAAAUAGUUUGUCAUGAAGCGAAAACACGUUUCAUUGCAGAUAAAAUUAAAAACAGUAAUAAUAAAGUAAAAGCGACUUGGAGUGUAAUUAACAAUGAAACUGGUAGAUCGAAUUGCCGUAACACCUCUAUCUGUUUAAAUAUUAAUAAUCGCGUAAUAAAUUCGGAAAUAGAAAUUGCAAAUGAAUUUGAUAAAUACUUCUCCGAAAUCCCGAUUGUCACGACCAAAUUCCUUAACUCUUCGCCAAAAGCAGCAUAUGAUAUGCUUAAAUUACACGUACCAGUAUCUUCUACUGACUUGAAAUUUAAGUAUGUUAGUGAGGUAGCGAUAUAAUAAAAAUCUUCAAAUUAAUUAACCUAAUAAAUACAAAAGACCUAUGGGGCCAUUCGACUAAUAUUGUAAAAUACAUACUUGACAUUAUAGCACCUGAAUUAGCAAUAAUAUUUAAUGAAUGCAUAGAUGAGGGUGUGUUCCCUGACAUCAUGAAAUACAGCAAAGUUAUACCUUUGUUUAAGUCGGGCAGUUCUUUUGACCCUGCUAAUUUCAGACCUAUUUCAGUGCUGCCUGUUUUUAGUAAAAUUUUUGAAAAACUUUUGCUUCAACAGCUACAAAUGCAUUUUUGUAAAUUAAUGAACAAAAAUCAGUUUGGUUUCACUAGGGGCUUAUCAACAAUUAAUGCGGGUACUAGACUCAUUGAGCACAUCUUUGACGCCUGGGAAGAGUCACAGGAUGCAUUGGGCAUUUUUUGUGAUUUGUCAAAAGCAUUUGACUGCGUCCACCAUGAAACUUUACUCCUAAAACUAAAGCAUUAUGGAGUGAAAAAUAGAGCCCUAAAUCUGUUAAAAUCAUAUUUAAGCGAAAGAGUUCAGAUAGUCGAUGUAAAUGGCAAACGGUCUUCGGGUAAACCUGUGGGAAUAGGUGUUCCACAGGGUUCUAUUCUCGGUCCUUUCUUGUUUCUUAUAUAUAUUAACGAUCUACCGAUUGUGGUAGAUGAUAGCCAUGAGAUUGUAUUGUUUGCUGAUGAUACUUCACUUAUUUUUUAAGUGAAGCGACGUGCGGAUAUUGAUGACGAGGUAAGCAAUGCACUCUCAAAGAUAGUGCGUUGGUUUGAGACGAAUAAUCUGCACUUACACAGUAAAAAAACAAAGUGUUUACGGUUCAUUACACCAAACACAGCGGAGGUACAAACCAACGUACUUAUAAAUAACUAGAGAUUGGAACUUGUGGACACUACGGUCUUCUUGGGUAUCACGUUAGAUAAAAAGCUUCAGUGGGGUCCACAUAUUACCCAUCUAGCAGAUAGACUCAGCUCUGCGGCAUAUGCAGUUAGAAAGAUUAGAGAGUACACGAAUG